CGAACAGGCGUGCACGGACAGGAACGAUCUUCUCUCGCGGAGAUUUCUGUUUGAGAGACCGUGAGACGUGAUCUACGAACAAAAGAAUCGAGCGGUUUGAUCAAAAAAAACAAUUCUCUUGGUUUUUUUCACGAUUUUGCUUGUGUAAACAUUUGAACCUAUUGUCGUCCAGAGCGGAGACCAGUGUGGGUGAAAAAUCUCGAGCUGUGUGUGUGUGAAAACGACAACAUUCGGGGACUGGCGUCGCAGCAACAUAACAGAAUUUGAACGCGCACGUAGAUCUCUCCGUUUGUUUAAAUGAACUGUCGAUUAACGCGGCAAACGCUUGGGACAUGGAAAAUAACGAGAAAAGUCGAAAGAAAAAAGCCUCGAACAGUUCUGACGAGCCUCAGACGAAACGUCUCCGGCAGACCGGGCAAACUAAUUCAGAAGAGGGCAUUGCUGGAAAAGUAAAGAAGAUUCGUAUUCGUAACUUUAUGUGUCACGAAGCUUUGGAGAUAACAUUAAAUGAAAAUGUUAACUUUAUUGUUGGACGCAACGGCAGUGGCAAGAGCGCUAUAUUAACAGCGCUUACCGUGGGACUUGGCGCUAGGGCAAAUAUUACGAGCAGAGGAACAUCUGUCAGAGAAUUUAUAAAGAAAGGGAGAACUUCAGCUUCGAUAGAAAUAACAUUGACUAACAUAGGAGAAACCGCGUAUAAAUAUGAAACUUACGGCAAUACAAUUGUAGUUGUGCGUGUGAUUGGAAUAAAUUCCUCGUCAUACAAAAUUAAGAAUUGGAGAGGUGAGGUUAUUUCAACAAAACGAGAAGAAUUGGAUAAUAUUAUAGCGACGAUGAAUAUACAAAUUGACAAUCCGAUUUGUGUUUUGAAUCAGGAUGUUUCAAGAACAUUUCUAAUUACCUCCAAGCCCCAUGAAAAAUAUCAUUUGUUCAUGAAAGCUACUCUUCUGGACACUAUAGAAAACAAUUACAAAGAGGCUCUAGAGAUGUGCGAAGAGGAAUAUGAAAAAUUGAGUCAAUAUUCCGAGACUUUGACGCAAGUGAAGAAGGAUAUACAGAAAUUGAAGACCAAUGUACAAACGGUAGAAAAGCUAGAUAAAACACGUGACGAAUUAAAUAAUCUUGAAAUGGAACUUUACUGGGCUACGGCCAUUGCAGAGGAAACCAAGCUUCACAAGAUACAAGAAACAUUAAAAAUGUAUGAGAGUAAUUUGAAAGAUCUUCAGAAUGUGGAAUUGACUGUGGGGACAAAAGAUGAAGAAGUAGAUGCAACAAUUAAAGAAUUGAAAGAAAAAAUUCAGCAAGCGGAGAAAGAAGCCAUAGAUAGCGGCGAAGCGUUUAAUAGUGCGAAACAAAAACAUACGGCUGCAAAAGAGGCGCAUUCUAACAAACAACGCGAGUGGCGGUGUGCUUUGAGUAAAAUCAAACGAUUGGAAGAGGAUAUAAAUUUGUUGAAGAAGGAAAUUCAAAAGUUGGAAGGUUGCAAUGACGAAGAACAUAAUAAGAGAAAAGAGAUGGUGGAACGUCUGUCAAAGUUGGAGGAAAGACUGGAUGAACUUGAAGCAUCAUUGAGAACAAAACAGACCGAAUUGAUGCACUUGGAGGCCGAUAAGAUGCGACUUUCGCAAGAAGUACAAACCGCUAAAAAUGAAAUAGACACUUCCAAGUAUCGCAUAGAGAAGGUCAAGAGAGAAUUAAAUGCGUUUGAGCAACAAAAGGAUAAUGCACUGAGUGUGUUCGGACCGAAUAUACCACGCCUCUUGAGGAGAAUCGAAGAGGAAUACAACAAAGGACGGUUCAAGGAGAAACCACGUGGCCCGAUUGGUGCCUAUAUAAAGAUGAAGGACGCGGCAUGGGCACCGGCAGUGGAAAGUUUUCUGGGUGAAGGUACUCUUUCUACAUUUUGCGUGGAUAAUAACCAGGAUGCGAAAUUUCUGAGCGGUAUAAUGAAAGAAAUCUACUAUAACGAAAAUGUACCCGCUAUUAUUUCUAGCAAAUUCUUUUACAAGGUGCACGAUGUCAGACACCAUUGCACACAGUCGUCGCGAUACUGCAAUCUCUUGGAAGCGAUGGAUAUAGAGGAUCCUAUUGUGGCCAACUGCUUGAUCGAUCAACGCGAGAUCGAGUGUGUACUUCUCAUACCAACGAAUCAGGAGGCCUGCGAUGUCAUGUCGGACGUGUCACAGGUGCCGAAGAAUUGCAGAAGAGCAUUUACGCAGAAAGGAGAUUUAUUUUUUCCCGCUCCGAAUUACAGAACUUAUGGCAAGCGCUAUGUGCGGUCUAAAUAUCUUCAGGUUUCUACUUCGGAAGCUAUGCAAACACUGAAGGAGGAACUUCAAAUGGCAGAACUCAAAAGACAGGAAGCCGUUGAGGCGUACAAUGCCGUAUGCGAAAAAGUAAAUCGGACUACCAUUGAAUUGAACAACGUAACUGCGACGGUACAAAAAUUAAAAUCAGCACAAAGGGUUUGCACCGAAUCGAUCAAUGUGUUGAAAGAUGAUAUCCAUUCAAACGAAGCCACAUCCGCGGAUGUUUUCCGAAACGAAGCCGCGGAAUUGGAAAAGAAAUUGGCGUCGGAGAAUACUGCGGAAAAGAAGCUAGCUGAGAACGUAAAGGAGCUUCAGAAAAACGUUGAAUCUCUCGAUGUAGAGGUCAAGCGUUAUCGAGACCUGAGACACAAUUUACACAUAGUGAUUGAUCCUCUGAAAGAUCAAAUAAAGGACUUGAUGCAAAAAAAGGAGAGACAUCGACACGAGUGUAUGCGCGCCACCCGGAAGUUGCAAGAGAUAAAACAAGCUAUUCAGUGCGCGACCGGGGAAUUUGAAAUACAGGAGAGAGCUACAAAGAAAGCAAUUUCUGACGCUACCGCAAAAUGUUCAAGAAUAGACACUACAAGAUCAACGAAUCAAAUAAAAAAUCUAGCGAAUGAGUUGCGCGACAAGAUUCGCGAGGUUGAACAUCAGUACGGUUGUGUGGACAAUUUGCGACAAGAAUUGAAAGAAAAAGAAGAAAAGUUUGGCGCAAACAUUGAAUUUACGUCUCAAUUGAGACAAAGUUGUGAGAAACACAUUAAACGAGUAAAGCAUCGACAGAAGAUGUUCAACCAAUUGAGAGAGGUAUAUGGUGCUUACAUACAAAAGUCCUUUACGGCCGUGCUUUCUCUAAGACAAUAUAAGGGCACCGUGCUGAUAGAUCACAGACAUAAGAUACUCGAUUUGCAAGUAACCACACGUAACGCUGAAAACAAUGAAAAACAGAAAGACGCGAGAUCGCUCUCGGGAGGCGAACGAUCUUAUUCGACCGUCGCGUUUAUCCUGGCUCUUUGGGAUUGCAUCAAGCUGCCGUUUUACUUUCUCGAUGAAUUCGACGUGUUCAUGGACAAAGUUAAUCGUCGAGUGAUAAUGGAUAUUCUUUUGGAUCACACCAAGUCAAAUCCGGAAAGUCAGUUUACUUUUCUCACACCUUUAGACACGUCACAUAUUCUCGCCGAAGAUUAUGUAACAAUUCACCAAUUGCAACCACCAGAAAGAAGAGGCCUAAGUCAAUAGACCGUUUGUUUGAAAUUCAGUUCAAUUUGUUCGCAAAGCAAUUGAAUAAUGUUGUUUACAUGGGAAAUAUACAAACUAAGUAUAAAAAAAAAACAGACCAACAUUUGAAGUACAAGCGAGAACACUGAGAUAGAGAUUUACACAUAAAACGCUACGAAUGUACAAAUUAAUAUAUUUUGCAUUUAGUUAACUGCUUUCUCGGUUGUAUCACAAAUCUUGUCUUGUUUUAUAUUUAGUGUUUGUGCAAAAGAAACGUGAAAACUUAAGCAAAAAGAAAAAAUAGAAGUUACAUAUAUAUAUAUAUAUAUGAGUUUUAUUUUUGCGAAGAAAACAAAACUCAGAUCUUAUGUAUUGACUUUAUAAGUUUCGCAUAUAAACAACACGGAAUUAUUCAGGUUUAGUUUAACUGUAAUACGCGCGUCUCUCUUAUUUAUUGCGUUAUAUAAUAAGAAUAAGAAGUAUAUACAGUUGAAUGUUACAAAAAGUGCCUUUAAUCGUAUUAGUAUAUUUUGUCAGACAUAAUUUAUAAGUUUUUUUUUUAUAAUAAAAAGCGUUAUGUCAAAUAUCACACACGAUAGAAAAAUAUAUAUUCUUCUAAAAUCCAAUUCAGAAUUCGUUCGGAUUACAUAUUUCCUUCUUUCAUUGGCAACAUUUAUUCCCGCGAGCGGUGAUAUAAUAAGUUUGAUAUAAUGUGCAAAUUUUAUGUAUUUGGUGUCUGAAUAUAUAAACGCGCACAUUACGUAAUAGUAUUCAUAAUUAAAAUAGCUACUCGAACGUGCGCGUGUCUUUUUAGGCAAACUAUUACGGUCAAACCUCGAUAACUCGAAAACCUCUGUAAGACGAAAAUUUUGUUCGUUUCCUUCUGCUUCGCGGAAAGGAAAAAAGAUCUUCGAUAAGUCGAAAUCUCAACAAAUCGAAGAUUUUAGCUCUUCCCUUGAGAUUCUUUAGUUAUCGAGGUUUUUGAACUGUAUUAUUUUUAUAUAUUUGUAAUUUAUAUUGUAAAUUAUAUAGUUUAGUUUUUUUUUUUUCAGCACGAGUAAAGCGCUACCGAGAGAUUCGUGUUUGGGACUUUUCCCUAAAUUCAAUCAAUUGCUACGCAGACACGGGAAUGCGGUGAUGAGCACCUAACCGAAUAGAGUGGUACUUGUGUGUAAACGCGCGCGCGUUUUGGUAUCUAUCUAUAUCAAACCGGAAAGUGGAUCAAGGUUCAUUCACGUCAUUGCGCGCGAAUCUGGUUCGGACGGAGUUAUUACCGGGUGUAAUAACGCAACACAGCGGAGCAGAGUCUUUUUUACGCAUUACGCGCGUGUGUUACAUGCGAUGCGCGUGAGACACGCCGGUGCGUGUUCGCCGGUUAGGACGAGGCGUGGUUAACGCAUAUUACGCAAUCCGCGCACGAUUAAGCGCACUCCGUAGCUCACUCUUCGGAGAAAGUGCCUCUGACGAACGUGCUCGUGGUGAAUCGGUAAUGCGGUAAUGCCUCAGAAAGGCGGGAGACAACAGCGGCAGGUAGUACCUGACCUUAUUUCGGGCGAUUGAGCCCGGUCGAAAAUUUUGACGUUUCCUUUCGAGAGCCAUAUAACGAGCUUUGCGCGCCUUCUUUCGUCAAAUUCAAUAAUAAUGUUACCAUCAUACAGCAAUUACGACGCGUUUCGACGCUUUUUUCCGAAUUACGUAAUUAUAUGGUUCGCCUUUCGUGGAAAUGUUUUUUUUUUUUUUUUUAUUUGCCACACACUCUUCGGAAUUAUAUAUAUAUAUAUAUUGUCAGAUAAUGCAGCGGUUGUUUGUUUUUAUUUUUUAGGAAAAUAGAAGCUAUGACACAUAUAUCUCGUUUGAGCUUUUUUCAAUGGUCAAUCGUCGCGCAUCGACGAGAUCUUAAAUCUAGAAGGAAACGAAUUUUUUUUAUAAAUGAAAAUACAGUCUGUACGAAGGACGUGAUUAUUUCAAGAUUGGCGACACACACAAUUUAUGGCAUAUCCUAUUCUAAAUGAAUAAAAAAUAUACACUCAUAUACAUUUAAAUGAAGGUGAGCAUUCUUGGUGUUGUAGAAAAAGUUACAAUCAAGACUCUCUUCGAAAAAGCAAGAUUGUAUCAUCUUCUUUUCUCUCUCUCUCUCUAUUUUCUUUCUACUUGUUCUCUCGCUUUUUCUUCUUUACGAUUCUUGAAUUUGUAACUUUUUCAGAUACAUUUUGAUUACCGCGCAUAAUGAUGAAGAAUAAAAACGAAGAUUAUCUAUUUGUAUAUACUUGCUAAGAAAACACACAUUUAUUCGACAAGUAUAUCAUUCCUAAGUGGCGAUCAGGUCACAAUUCAGUGGAGGUAGGCGGCAGGGGCG